AUGGCUGCACAAUUAUACAAAACAAAAAGUGGACGACUUUUUCAUGCUGGUGCAGUGGCUAUUAUUACUGUUGGUGUUCCAGCAAGAGGGAAAACUCAUAUAUCUCGGUCAUUAUGUCGAUAUAUGCGUUGGUUAGGUGUAUCAGCUAAAGUUUUUAGUGUUGGCAAUUAUCGUCGCGAUCGUAUGGGUUCCAUUCCAAACGAAUACUUUGAUCCAAGCAAUCAAGAAGCAGCUGCUGCUAGACUUCAAAUAGCAAAUGAAUGUUUAGAUGAUAUGAUCACUUGGCUUCAAAUAGGAGGUGGACAAGUAGGGAUCUAUGAUGGCAAUAAUGUGACGGAAGAUAGACGUCGUGAUAUUCGUGAUCGACUAGUAGCUCAAGAUAUUCAUCCACUCUUUAUAGAAUCAAUUUGUAACAAACCUGAAAUUGUCCUGGCAAACAUACGAAGCGUCAAAAUAUCAUCACCAGAUUAUAUUGGUUGGGAUCCAGAAGAUGCAGUCAAGGAUUAUACUCAUCGAAUUGAACAACAUAUCGCCAAUUAUGAAACUAUUGAAGAUAUGUCAUUUCCUUUUGUCAAACUAAUGAAUGUUGGUGAACAACUUAUAGUCAACAACGUACAUGGUUAUCUGCAAUCUAGAGUGGUUUACUACCUGAUGAAUUUACAUAAUCGUCCAAGAACUAUAUACUUUGCAAGAGCUGGUGAAUGUUAUAAUCCUAAAUCAUAUCGUGUUGAUGCCGAUCUAUCUCCCGAAGGUGAAAAAUAUGCUCAACGACUUAAGAACUUUGUACUACAUUAUAGAAAAGAGAAAUCUCAGUUGUCCUCAACAUCAUCCAACAAGUCUGAACAUCAAGAACGACCAUUGACUGUAUGGACAUCUACAAGGAAGAAGGCAAGACAAACGGCUAUUCCAUUUGCUGCCGAAGGUAUCCCAGUACGACAACAUUCUGUUUUGAAUCAAAUAAACCCAGGUGAAGUAGAUGGUUUGACUUUGGAAGAAAUUAAGGCUAAAUUCCCAGAAGAGGUGAUUCGUGCACAAGAAGACCCCUAUCGACAUCGAUUCCCAAGAGCGGAGGUAUGA